AUGCCGGAGAGGGACAAGUUUGCUGGAUUGAGGCCUGUGGGGCCUGUGGGACAGCCGGUUUCAGGCAAUAUCUGCGAUUUGCCUCCUUUGAUCUUGGGUGGUGCUGUGUUCAACUACCAAUACAACGAUGAUCCACAAAGGCUUCCUGUAAAGAGCCUCAUAAAAUUGGCCUUUGAUUUGGGUGUUACUGCCAUAGACACUUCUCCUUACUAUGGUCCCUCGGAAGAACUUAUUGGAGGUGCCUUGAAGGAUCUCUCUGCUGAGUAUCCUCGAUCAAACUAUUAUAUUUGCACAAAAGUUGGCAGAAUCCAACUAGAUGAUUUUGAUUACGGUCCUGAUUGGAUUGAAUCAUCCAUUAACAGAUCUUUGGAGAGGCUAAAUACAUCUUACUUGGAUUUGGUUCAUUUGCACGAUAUUGAAUUUGUUUCAACCGACAAAAUCUUUCUUGCUUUAAAAAAACUAAAAUCAUUGAAGGAUAGACAAAUUAUUCACAAUUUUGGUAUCUCUGGUUAUCCAGUUGACUUUUUGAGUUAUGUUUCCAAAAAAUGUGCUGAGGAUUUUAAAAAAGAAAUAGGUUCCUUGGAUUCAAUCCUAUCUUAUUCUAAUAUGUGUUUGCAAAACACUAUCUUGCUUAACUAUUACGACAGUUUAAAGAAGAUAUCGCAUUUGAAACAAGUAUUAAAUGGUUCAAUUUUAUCAAUGUCUUUGCUAAGGUCUAUGGAAACAAGAUCUUUUCAUCCUGCUUCAACCGAACUUAAAAAAAAGGCUGAUGAGGUCGCUAAUUUAUGUGUUCAAAAAUACAAUGUCGAAUUGGCAGAUUUAGCAACACGAUUUGCCAUUAGAGAAUGGUUAAAAAAGGGUCCAACGGUUUUAGGUGUUGACUCCAUUUCUCAAUUACAAGCUGCUGUAAGUGCUUAUUGGGAUUCACACAAUGAUGAAAUUACUCAAAAUGAUAAAAUCAUCAUUAAAGAUUGUCAAGAUUGCUUUGGAAUUCAUUUAAAUGAAACCUGGCAAUCUGGAAUCAAACAUCAUUUUGACUAA